GCGCCAACGCAUAACUCAGUUGUAACGAUUUAUUUGAUGUGUUGGCUAAAUUCCGUCCUCUUCGAAGCGUAGUAGCUGUGUAUUCAUUCAAGUUUUGAAAGAUAGUGCAUUGAGGAGGAUUUCAUACUCUUCCUUAGAGUGAUUUUAAACGUUAUAUUUUAUUGUUAAAAAUGUAUUCUACCCCACGAAGGCGAUGCAAUGGACGAUCGGAAUUAAAAUUUGUCAAAAGGAAGGGAAAUGAAGCCGAUGUAAUUGAUGUAAUAAAUAAGCUGCAAAACAAGCUUACUUCCAACGGCAAACUGCUCGAAGUGCCCCUGCCUCAAAUAGUAGUUGAAGGGGGGCAGAGUUCCGGAAAAAGUAGUGUAUUGGAGAGCAUCAUCGGCAGAGAUUUCCUUCCUCGUGGUACUGGUACUGUGACUAGACGUCCUACCAUAAUUCAGUUGCAUCCGAAUGAUGAAGUAUAUGCUGAAUUUCUGCAUCGAGGGAGUGAACGAUUCACAGAUUUCGAAAGAGUAAAACAAGAAAUAAAGGAUGAGACGAUGCGAGAUCCUGGACCUAAUGGUUUCUCCUCGAAGCCUAUCAGCUUGAAGAUUUACGCGCCUAACGUCCUGAAGUUGACCUUUGUGGACAUGCCCGGCAUUAUUAAAAAUGUCACUCCGGACAUGCCCAAGGAAAGUGUGGAGGACGUGGAAAGGAUGAUACUCAAAUACAUAGAGCAACCCAACAGCAUUAUCCUAGCUGUGAGUCCAGCCAAUCAAGACAUUGCUACUUCUGAUGCUAUAGAAAUGGCUAGUAGAGUUGAUCCGAAGCGAGAAAGAACAUUGUGUGUACUGACCAAACUGGAUUUAAUGGAUCGAGGUACAGACGCUAGAGAUAUUUUGGAAAAUCGGGUUCUGCCUUUAGCCAAAGGAUACAUAGGCGUGGUAAACCGCAGUCAGGAAGACAUAGAUGCAGGAAAAGAUUUUCAGGCUUCAUUACAUAGUGAGAAGCGAUUCUUCGAAAACCAUCCUGCUUACAGUCAUAUGGCGGAUUUGCAUGGAAGUGUCUACUUACAAAAAAGACUCCAAAUAGAACUAAUCGAACAUAUUCGAAAAACGUUGCCUGCUGUCCGUAAGGAGCUCUCCCACAAGCUCAGUUGCAUGCGUAAGGAUUUGAAAAAAAUGGAUCAAAUGAUGGGGUUUAGCAAUGACGGAGUGAGUGGAGCUCAAGUAUUUAUGCAAAGAUUGGUCCACCAGUUCAUUGAUGAUAUCCAUACAAACCUCUUCGGGCACUCCGAAUAUGCUUGUCUGGAUAGCUUGAAGGCAGGGGCAAUCAUCAAUUACAAAAUGCAUGUAGAGCUUGAAGAAAUAUUAAAAUUGCCUACUGAAUUAAGUGAGGAGGAAUUUAUGAAUCUCAUUGCGAAUGUCCAUGGAACUAGAAAUAUCUUAUCUAUUCCAUCUGUGGCAUUAGAAGCAGCUUGUGGUUCAAUACUAGAAAAAUAUAGAGAACCGUUGGAAAUUUUCGUGGAUUCAAUCUCAUCUGUAUUGAUUUCAGCUGUUGAAAAUUCAUGCUUCAUAGUGAGUGAAUAUCCUGCCUUGAAAGAAGAUGUCGUUCGAUUCAUCAAUGAGUCUAUUGACACUGCUUCAGAAGAAACGAAAGAUUUAUUGGGAAAACACUUAGAUUCUCAGAUGAGAUACUGCAAUGUUUAUCAUUGGGAUUUCAAUAAAUGCAGAUGGGAAAGUGGCCUCCCUUGCAAGCCCGUUAUAGUUUGGAAUUCUAAUGCAGAUGAAAGUGAUGAUGAAAUUAAGGAAGAAGACAAUGCAAUAGCUGUUAAUAACCAUGCAGACGAUUUAGAUUCUUUAUCUGAUUUAAUAUCGGGGAAAAUGAAAAGAAACAACAACAUGAAAUCAAAUUCGAAAAAUAUGGCUGACAUCGUAACUGAGUACAUUCGUUUAGUUCAAAAGCAAAUAGCGGACACAACUCUGAAGUACAUCAACUGUUUUCUUGUGCAUCAAGUUUUUGAUUUCAUUAAGACGGAGUUGAUGAUAAAACUUCUGAAUUCGUCUAAUAAAGAUUCGAUUCUGGAAGAAUGCGAGCAAGAGUUCCAAAGAAGGAAUGAACUAUUAGAUUUAUGUGCUGAUAUAGAAGAAGCUCUUGUUGCUGCACAAGCAUUUUAAGGACUCGUUAUUUCUUUCCACAUAAUGUUACCUUUUUUUUUCUUCUUUUUUUUUUAAAUUACAUUUUUCAUUUUUUUCAUCGCCUUUUUUAUCGGAAGCAUAAGUGUUGCAUUAAAUUUUCCUGUGUAAAUACGCAGUUGUAAACAGGCAUCGUGUCUUGUUUUUCUUCAUACUAAUAUAGUUAGAAUAAGUGUGUUUGUAUUUAGCAUUUUGUAAUGAAAACUGUAUACGCAUUUAAUGUGUUUCUUCGCAUAAAUUGUUUUGU